AAACAAUAUUUCUUAGUAUUUCAAUAUUUUACAUGAAAUACCAUAUUUAAUACUAUUCUUACUGUACACGUAAUUAUACCAAAUUAAAAAACUCGUAUAACAGAACGGUCACCUUUAUCCGUUGCCAUGGCAACAGUCAUUCUCUGCAACAGUAACAAACUCAUGUGUUGAUGUGUGUAGUCAUGGUGUACGCCAAUGGUGGACUUCAAAAUUCUUGUGUUUACUUUGACUUUGUCAUUUUAGUAAUGAAGCAACGAUUUAUUACUGUUUAUUGAUCAAACAACAUAGUGAACUUUAAUUAAAUGUAGUUUUAUAGAAGUGUUGUGAAACAGUGAAUUCUCACAAUGUUCAAAAACACAUUUCAAUCAGGGUUUUUAUCAAUUCUUUACAGCAUAGGUAGCAAACCCUUACAAAUUUGGGAUAAAAAAGUUCGAAAUGGGCACAUAAAGAGAAUCACGGAUAACGAUAUUCAAAGCCUUGUACUAGAAAUUGUCGGGACCAAUGUAUCUACAACCUACAUAACCUGUCCAGCGGACCCAAAAAAAACACUUGGAAUAAAAUUACCGUACCUGGUGAUGAUUAUUAAAAACCUCAAAAAAUAUUUCACGUUUGAAGUGCAGGUUUUAGAUGAUAAAAAUGUACGAAGAAGAUUCAGGGCAAGCAAUUACCAAUCAACCACAAGAGUGAAACCUUUCAUCUGCACAAUGCCGAUGAGACUGGAUGAAGGGUGGAACCAAAUACAGUUCAAUUUGGCAGAUUUUACACGUAGGGCUUAUGGCACAAACUAUGUAGAAACUCUAAGAGUACAAAUUCAUGCAAACUGUAGAAUCAGACGAGUAUACUUCUCUGAUAGACUGUAUUCAGAAGAUGAAUUGCCUGCUGAGUUUAAAUUAUUCCUCCCCAUACAAAACAAGACUAAAGCAGUAGUCACAUAAUUCAUUUGUAACAAUGCACUAUUACACUAUAUUAAUUAAAUAUUCUUUAAUUUGACACUGAUAUUUAAUAGUGGUUGAAUAACACCUACUGCACUAAAAGACAAUAUGUUUAAUAUAUGUGUCUCACACCAUGAAUAAAGACAAAAGUUUUAUAUUAA